GUCUCUGCAGGGUGCCCGUUAGUAGAUGCUUUUUUGUAGAAAUUCAGGCUUUAAUUGAUUCCCCAAGAUGUUUGCAAAAGCAACAAAGAAUUUUGUGAGAGAAACUGACAGUGGAGGCGACUUGAUCCCUGUCUCCCACCUGAAUGCCUCUGACAAGCUGCAGCUUCUGAGCUUAGUUACCAAGAGGAAGAAAUUCUGGUGCUGGCAGAAGCCCAAGUAUCAUUUCUUGACGGUCACCCUGAGCGAUGUGCUUACGGAAGACAAACUGAUAAAACCAGUAAUUGUGGAGUCUGACUUUGCAAAAUAUACGGGAAAGUUUGAAGAUUUUGUUCAAGGGAGCAUUGAAACUUCAUUUGGGAAGAUCAGCCUGGGAGCUGGUGGGAAGGGCUAUGUGGAAAACCAGUCCUCGUUUGGAAACCUGAGGAAGCAGGAGGUUGACUUGCAGCAGCUCAUGAAAGACGUAAAGGACAGAACAAUAAAUCUAAACAGUAGUUUACUGCAACAAGUGAUAGAAAGAAAACGUGAAGUGCUGUGCAUCUUGAGAGAAAAGAUAAUAACGACUCAGAGGUGUACGAUAACUGAACAUACCCAGACAGAAGAAAAAGUCAGCGGUGUGAUGGGAUGCAGAACAAAAAUAAUAAAGGUUUCAGUGAGUGAAAAUGGAAGCAUGAUGAAGGAUUCUAGUGUGAUCCUGGAAAUUCCUCCUGCAACUGCUAUUGCCUACGGUGUAAUUGAACUAUUUAUAAAGCACAGUGGCCAGUUUGAAUUCUGUCUGCUGGAUGAACAGCAAGGAGGUUUUGAAAAAGACAGCACAGAAGGCUCAGCGUAUCCCCAUUCAGCAAUGUUCAGAGAUGCUUCGUUUCUCUAUCAGCCAGAUGCUGUCGAUAACGAGAGAUACUCCGGGGCUAAGAACCUCAUUCCCAGUGAUGCUUCUUUAAGUGUAUUGAAACAAGAUCUAUCAGGCGUGAAGACUCAGCUCCAGCCCUUUGUGAAGCUGCCAGAAGAGAAGCAGAAAGCUUUAUAUAAAACCUUUUGUGAGCUCUUGCUGCACGAAGAAAUGGUGACUGCCCUGGAGGACGUGUUGGAUGACAUCUGCACCGGAGAUGAGCCAGAUCUGAAGGAGUUAGGACCUGCGCAGCAGCAAGAUCUCGUUCACUUCCUGCAGCUCCUCGGGUGCAGCUCCCAGAGUGAACAGUUGCAGAAAUGCCAGCCUCAGGAUGAAGAACUGUUCUCAGCGGCUCACCUCCUCGUCAGUGCUGUCUCUGAGCUGUCUGAUGCCACUCUGGUCCUGCUGCGUGCCUGCUGUGAUCUUCAGGUCGUUCCGGCACUGUGCUGUUUGCCCAGCAUCGCUGCAGCCGAUGGCACCGUGGCGCUGAGCAGUCCUUUGGUGGCUGCUCUCGCUGACAGAGGAAGAUUUGAUGUCGUGCAAAGGCUGUUUGCUUCAUCCAACGUUAAUUUGGAAAUGACGGAGUCGUCUGUAAAAGCUGUAACUGCGAAAGAACCUGGAUUCUUCCCGCUUGUUCUUUAUGUUGCAUUGUAUGGAUUUCACGCUUUAGGUGGGAAUGUGUAG